GGGGGGUAGUGCUUUCCGAGACAAAUACCCGAGGCUUUUUGCGAUGUCAAAUCAAAAAGAAGCUAUGGUGGCGGAUAUUUGGGUGUUGAACGUGUUGUUAGGGAGUGGAGGUUUUCUUGGCGUCGGCGGUUUUUUGUUUGGGAGGAACAACUUCUCACAAAUUUGUUGGAAGAUUUGGAGGGUCAUGUUUGGAAGGAAGGUAAUGAUGGGUGGGUUUGGAAGCGGGAAGAGGACGGGGUGUUCACGGUGAAGUCCAUGUAUAAGAAAUUAGAAGCUUUGUUCAUUUUAGAAGAUUCUUGGGGUGUGGAGGAGAAGAGGGUGUUUCAUCAAUUGUGGAAAAGCGCGGCUUCGUCAAAGGUGGUGGCCUUUUCGUGGAAGUUGUUGUUAGAUUGUAUCCCUACCCGGGUUAACCUUCAUCGAAGGAACGCCCUUCCCCCGAAUACUAAUUUGAGUUGCGUUUUGUGUGGGAGGGAUAAUGAAAGGACGAAUCAUCUUUUUAUGCAUUGUGAGGUUGCGAGAGGUGUUUGGUUAGAACUUCUUCAUUGGGUGGGUGUUAUGUUCAUCAUUCCUCAAAAUUUGUUCAACCAUUGGGCGUGUUGGAAUGCGGGUUCGUCGAACAAGAGGAUCAUUCGAGGGCUUAGACUCAUAUGGCAUGCGGCUAUUUGGGUUAUAUGGAAUGCUAGGAAUGAUAAAAUUUUCAAUGCUAAGGAGACGGGGGUGAUGGAGUUGGUGGAUGAUAUUAAAGUUUUGCCUUUACUACGAAUGGUGUUGGAACCCUUUGGCGUGCCUUGCGAGAUAGCUUUUGAUUGUCUGUCUGUUGUUUUGGGAGCUGUUUUUUUCCUGUUGUUUGUGGCAGCCAGCGUUGGCCUUCUGUUUUUGGGAGCUUCUGUGUGCUAUUGGUGGGGCAGCAGCGCUGCUGGGUCGUCUGGGUUGAGUUAUGCUGGCUGGCUGUGUGGGCGUGGAUGUUCUUGCUUGUGGGAGGCUUGCAAGUGUUUUGUUCCUUUUGCUGUCUGAUUGUUGGCA